AUGAGGAGAACUUCUAAAGACCAACGAGUUAAUGAGGCUGGAGUAUUCCUCUACUUAAUGGCCAUCCGUUUAAAUCUGGUCCCCCUAAAUGGCACAUGCCUCCCUGAUAUUCCAGGGGAUUUCACUCACCUGAGUGUUAAAUCAAACAGCGUCCUCGAUUACCUGCUGGUAUCCAGUGAUCUACUUAAGUGUAUUUCCACCUUUAAGAUCGAGAAUGUACAGUCUAGUGAUCAUCUUCCCCUUGUAGCCAAGCUUUCCCUGAAUUGGCAGUCGGAGGCCUACAGACAUGCGACCCAGAUGGUAACCAACGUAUCUCUCCAAGUAAGAGGAAUCAAAUGGUCGGAGACCCAGGCUCAAAGGUAUCAGGAAUUCUUUCAAAAAGAAAUCCUCGGGCCCUAUCCCUACAUAGGCUCUGCCUCAGACGAGCAUAGCAUAGUGUUGAAACGCUUCCACCAUCAUACGACUGAUCUCACGUCCUUCUUCAGGUUACCACCCAAAAUAUUAAAUCGAAGCGAGUAUACUUACGGUGCCCCCUGGUAUAACUCUCAGUGCAAACAAGCAAGACAGCGCCUUCGUGCUAUAUAUAAUGUAUAUAAGAUCUCUGAUGCAUCUACUCUGCCAGCUAGUUAUGCACAAGCCAAGCAAGUUUACAAACGCACGCAGAAAAUUGCCAAACGUGAGUGGCAACAUAAUCGCUGGCAGGCCUUGAUUACUGCUUCAAAAUCACAUAGAUCCAGGGAAUUCUGGUCUCUGAUUAACAGAAGGGUGAGGAAAUACCCAAGGGCAGUCAUCCCUGCACCGACAUGGGAAUUGUUCCUGAAGAAAUGUUUCUCACAGGCAGAUGCUCCCUCCGACCAUCUGAUGCAUCUGUUUUCCCACCUACCUAUUUGGCCUCCCACCGAUCCUGACGAAAUAGCCAAGCUAAUAGCCCAGCUGAAAUCGGGCAAAGCCCCAGGGCCCGACCUGAUCCCGGCUGAAGCCAUCAAACUACACCCAAAAUGGUGGGCUGGCAUCUUGGCCAAAACCUUCGACGCAAUCAACGCUUCUGGUAUCAUCCCCAAAAUAUGGAAGGAGGCCAUUAUAGUACCAAUUCAUAAAAAAGGUUCCCCAAUGGAGCCGGAAAAUUACCGUAACAUCAGCCUCCUUUCGAUCAUAGGGAAAAUUUAUGCCAGCUUUUUGCUGACGAAACUAUUGCGAUGGGUAGAUGAGACUAACCAGAUUGGCCACGAACAAGCAGGGUUCAGAAUUAAACGCUCUACAACUGAUCAUGCGAUAGUUCUUUACCAUCUGGCACGGAAGUACUCCUCCCCUCCUCGGGGCUACCUGUGCGCUGCCUUCUUAGAUCUUAAGGCAGCCUUCGACAGCGUUCCUAGAAAUAUUCUUUGGGAGAAACUUGCGAAACAGGGUAUCGAUAGAAGACUCUUAUGGCUUAUAAGUCAGCUCCACGAAGGUACCCUUGCCAGAGUGAGACUUACCCCUGCGGGCGACCUCACAAAUUCGAUACCAAUAAACAAGGGAGUGCGCCAAGGAUGUAUAUUGGCCCCCUGCCUAUUCAAUCUAUUCAUCAGCGACAUGCGAGCACCCUUAGUCAACUCAUCUCCAAGUACACAUGCGCCUAGACUAGCGGAUUACCGCUGUCCACUCCUUUUAUAUGCGGACGACGCGGUAAUUCUAUCUUAUACACGUGUUGGACUAACCAGAGCUCUGAAGAUCUUUGCCACGUAUUGUCAACUCAACCAAUUAACCAUCAAUCAUGCUAAAUCUAAGAUUCUGAUUUUCGCCAGAAGUCGGAGAUUAUACGAAUGGAAGCUUGGUGGAGCAAAAAUAGAGCAAGUCCUAAAAUUUCAAUACCUAGGAGUUAUUUUUCAAUACAAUUUGGGGUGGAAAGCACAUAUUCAACACCUACUUAAUAAGGCCAAAACUCUGAUAUAUGCGCUCCUCCGAUUUUUCUUUUCGGAUGGAGCUUUGCAUGUUCCUCGGCCCUAAAGGUGUUCAAGGCAAAAGUGGUUCCCGUGCUUGCUUAUGCUGCCCCGCUCUGGGCCGUGAUGACAGACCUUGCUCCUCUUGAGACUCUGCAAAACCAAUUCCUACGUCGGCUCCUAAUGCUCCCCCUGUGCGUAAGCAACGCAGCCAUGCGACUAGAAUUGAAGAUCGCAUCUUUAGAAACUUGCCUGUGGAAGCAAGUCUUCAAUUAUUGGUUAUCAUUGUGGCAUAGAUUACCAGACCAUUACCUUGCCCAAUGCUUAUGGCGAGAUGAAUUCUCCAGCCUUUGGACCAGUAGAAUUCAUGCCAAACUCCUGAGCUAUGGAAUCUCUCCCUUGGAUUCCCUAAAACUAGAUCAAACCACUGCUCAAAGACUGAUCCGCCAAAGACUGGAUGACAUCGAUUUACAGCGAAAUUAUAUGCUGGGGGGAGGUGUUUGUUCGCCCCAGAACAUUGGUAUCACUUUAACUUACUGCGUUCCAUCAUACCUCUCCUCCCUUUCGACUGUUGCCCAUAGGCUGGCCUUCACCAAAGCGAGGUUUAAUGUUUUUCCCUCCAAUGCCCUGAGACAUAGAUUCUCAAAGGGCCAAACCUCCGCCAUGUGCGAAUGUGAUAAGGAGAUGCCGGAGUCGCUUCAGCACAUUAUGUUCACUUGCCCCUUAUUCAAGGUGCCACGGGCAAAUUUGUUGGGAUCAAUCAUACAGAAAUUAGAGGGUACUCCACCAAAAUUCCACCUUGCCCAAAUCUUGCAGGAUAAGGAUACCCAUACGACCCUGAAAGUGGCUAGGUUCCUGGUCGCUGUCCUUACUCAAAAGCGUUGCCAAGGAGCACCACAAGCUAAUUAA